AUUAAAUUACUACUACUAAUUAGGGUUUUGUUUUUGAUUUCUUUGUCUGACUUCCGAGCAUUAAUGGGAGUGUGUUCCGUGGGCUCACGCCUUCGGGCAUCAUAUUCACCAUCAUUCAUCACCGCAGCAUAAAGCAAAAGUCGAAUAAAGAAACAAACAAAAGUAAAGUGGAACCUCCGCACUCAAAUCCCUCUUCCCCAACAAAUACAAGAACAACUCAACUCCCCACCACGUCUGCCCCCGGAAGAGAAGGGCUCUUUCUUUUUGAGAUGGAAGAGGGAAAGAUGCCCGAAAACCACUUAACUUCUGCCGCGGCAUUUGUGGAAGGAGGAGCACAGGAAGCAUGUGAGGAUGCUUGCAGCAUAUGCCUCGAAGUUUUCUCUGAUAGCGAUCCUCUCACACUGACUACUUGCAAACACGAGUUUCAUCUUCAGUGCAUUCUUGAAUGGUGCCAGAGAAGCUCCCAGUGUCCUAUGUGUUGGCAGCCAAUCAGUCUCAAGGAUCCUAGCAGCCAAGAGUUGCUUGACGCUGUCGAGCAUGAGAGGAGUAUCCGGAUGAACCCACCGAGAAACACAGCUAUAUUUCAUCACCCAACCUUGGGUGACUUUGAGCUGCAGCACUUGCCGGUCAGUGCGAGCGACUCUGAACUCGAGGAGCGCAUCAUCCAGCACUUAGCUGCUGCAGCAGCAAUGGGACGAGCCCGUCAUCUUGCCAGACGUGAAAGCCACCGUAAUAGAUCAUCCACUCAAGGGCGCCCUCACUUUCUCGUCUUCUCAACUGACCCCACUGGCACGUCUGCUUCUGCUUCUCCUCCAGUUACAAUUACAAGCCCGAGCUCGCCACUCACCACCAUUGGUGAAGAUUCUACUUCCUCGGGAUCAACUGGUGAUGCUUAUCAAUUUCAUACAAGAACGACGCCCAUCAACAGGGUGCCACCUGCCCGAAGUUCUUCUCCUAGAAACCAAGAUAGAGCUGGUUCAUCUGAUCUGCACUCGUUCUCUGAGUCCUUCAAAUCCCGACUUUCUGCACUGUCAACAAGAUACAAAGAAUCAAUAACCAAGAGCACAAAAAGCUGGAAGGAUCGUCUAUUCACCCGCGGCAGCUCAGCACCACCCACCCGAGUCCACAGGGAAACAGCCAACCUAACAAUGCUGAUCCCGACUCCUCCAGGAACUGUUCCCAUUACUCGUAUGAUGGAUCAUCUCGAAAUAGCGCCACACGGUCGAGCCACUGCAGCAUCGGCUACAAAUCCUAGUGACCUGGACACUGCAGCAGGGGCUGCCAGCCGGGCUUCAAUCGCGCAGCCCCCGGCUCCUGCUCCUGCUAGUGCAAGUUUAGGAUCAAGUUAAAUGGAUAUGAUGAUGAUUCCAGAAUUACUGCAGCAUGUGAAUUCCUAAGUGUCCUCCUUCUCACCAGAUUUGUUAUCUAAACAUAUAUAUAUACAUACAUAUAUACAUUCACAUGUUUUGGUGAGAAAUUUGGAUUGGGACGUUGGAACAGAACAAACAUUGUAUAAAAAAAGCGUCACUGAUUUAUUUCUGUACUGCAUUC